CCGAAACUAACUUCAAGAUCCAUAAAUGCGCAGAUGAAGAAAAAUCAAGUGCGAAAUGCUCCGAUCCUGAUUUUUCCUCCCCCUCCCACCUUGUAAAUAGUAAUAUUUAAAUCUGUGGGAUGACCUAAUCUGUGUUUCAGAGCCAGACACUGAGGCACCAUGGACUCCUGGAUCUUCCCAUCUUCACCUCCAAAUCUGUCAGAUCACCUAAUGUAUGACAGCUUCCUGCAAGGCAAUUAUUCAGAUUAUUUUGGAAAUGACACAGACCACAGCUUCAACAGAACCAGCACGGUGGUCAUCACCUGCAUGUACUUCUUGGUUUGCACUGUGGGCCUCUGUGGAAACACUUUGGUCAUCUACGUCAUCCUACGCUACGCCAAGAUGAAGACAGUCACCAACAUCUACAUCCUCAACCUGGCGGUGGCUGAUGUGCUCUUCAUGCUUGGUCUACCGUUCAUUGCCAUCCAGUUGGCGCUGGUCCACUGGCCAUUUGGGGCCAUGUUGUGUCGAGUGGUGAUGACCGUGGACUCCCUGAAUCAGUUCACGUCCAUCUUCUGCCUGACUGUCAUGAGUUUUGACCGCUACCUUGCUGUGGUGCAUCCUAUUAAAUCCACAAAGUGGCGAAAGCCACGCAUGGCGAAGACCAUCAAUCUGGCAGUGUGGGGUGUUUCACUGAUUGUUAACUUGCCCAUCGUCAUCUACAGCGGCAUCAUCACCAAACACGAUGGCUGCUUCUGCACCAUUGUGUGGCCUGAGCCUCAAGAGGCCUACUACACCGCGUUCAUGUUCUACACCUUCAUCCUCGGCUUCUUCUUGCCACUUUUGGUCAUCUGCCUUUGCUACUUGUUCAUCAUCAUCAAGGUGAAGUCCUCGGGCAUUCGCGUGGGUUCCUCCAAGAGGAAGCGGUCCGAGCGAAAGGUGACUCGAAUGGUGUCCAUCGUGGUGGCGGUGUUCAUCUUCUGCUGGCUGCCAUUCUACGUCUUCAACGUCACCUCGGUGACGGGCACCAUCAGCACCACUCCUAUCCUGAGGAGCACCUUCGCCUUUGUGGUGGUUCUCGGCUACGCUAACAGCUGCGCCAACCCAAUCCUCUAUGCCUUCCUGUCGGAAAACUUCAAGAAAAGCUUCCAGAAUGUUCUGUGCCUCAAGAAGGUGGGAGGGCUCGAUGAGAUCGAGCGCAGCGACAGCCGGCAGGACAAGUCUCGCAUGAUAAAUGAUCCGACGGAGACUCAGAGUACUCUGCUGAAUGGGGACUUGCAAACCAGCAUGUGAAAGGUGAUAAUCUCUUAGAUUAAUUUUUUUGUUUGUUUUUUUUGUGCCAAUCUAACAACCAACAACA